AUGCCGGAUAUCUUGACGCUGAUCCCUGCUCGCAAAGUGUCCUUGCAGCUGUGUUACACUGAGAGGUGCCAGUACACUGUAACUUGCAGCAUUCAAGUGCAGAACUUUUUGAAGUGCGGCAUUCGUCCUGCUCAGGGAGAGGUUCCAAUUUUGUUGAGUUUCUGGAAUCGUAUUGUUGGAGGCAAAGAGUCGGAACCUGGAACACAUCCUUGGCAGGUUUCUUUGAAACGACGUCAAUUCCAUUACUGCGGAGGGACGAUUAUCAGUGAGAAGUGGGUGUUGACAGCAGCUCAUUGCAUGCGGGGCAGGAACAUCUUGUCCAUAUUGAAGGUAACAGCUGGGGAAUAUAACCUGAAACACUUGGACAAAGAGGAACAAACACUAACGGUCAAACGUGUUAUCAUACAUCCCAAAUUCAAGGCUGCGUAUCCAGUUGAGUAUGAUAUUGCUCUUCUGGAACUCAAUGGCAUCUUCACCUUUGGUGAAAAUAUCUAUCCAGCCUGCCUACCUGCUGAAGAUGACACCUUUGGUACAGGCACCAUUUGCAGCACUGCUGGCUGGGGACGCCUAUCUGAGGGUGGAAGAUUACCAAACACUUUACAAGAAGUUGAGCUUCCCCUGAUUGAUUUCAAGACCUGUUUAAAGGCGAUGCAGUCAGUGAUCAGAAGAUUCAAAGGGGAAACACUCAUGUGUGCUGGGUUCCCCGAUGGAAGGCAGGAUGCAUGCCAGGGUGAUUCAGGAGGUCCCCUGAUGUGUCAGGGUGAAGGAGGUGCCUGGACGGUGGCUGGAGUGACAUCAUGGGGGAUGGGUUGUGGACGCAGCUGGAAGGACAACAGCAACAAAUCCCCAAAUAAAAGAGGGACGCCUGGGAUCUUCACUAAAGUCAAGGCUUUGAAAUCAUGGAUUCAGCAAAACUUGAACAAUGGUAUAAAAGGACACAGCAGAUCCACUUUACCUGAGGCAACGACCUGUAGCAUCAGUGACGAGACAUUAGUUGCAGUAGAAGGCCGUCUAGCUUAACUGGGAAAUCCACGUGAAUACUAUGAAAACAAGUAAGUAUCCCAUCUCUCGAGUUCCAAAUCUAUUCAGAAAUCGCAGCAUCUGAACCAACCACAUCUCAGAAAAGGCAGCAGAAGAGUGCAAUAUUCCAAAAUCAUCAAAAUCUCUGAACUGCUAAUUCAGCAAGGAAUCCAACCUUUGUGUGUCAUUCUGGGUUGACAAAUUUAAGCCAAAUAUCAGAUAACACAUGAUUAAUUACAUCUAUCUUUUCACUAUGUAACUACAUUUUAUAUGAAUGCAUGUAAACCGGUUGUGGUGUUACUCUGGGUGUGGAGCUGGCCUCCUGGUGGAGAUGGAGCAUGGAAGUGAGGAGAAGAACACAUGACAAAAGAUAUCUAAGGAUUCCUUACAAUGGGCAGUGAGAGAUGCGUGGUGGUUUAUUUGGCCAAGACAGAGUCUUGCUAAAAUUAGUAAGUUCUGCAAAGACAAAUCAUGCCUGUUCACAACUCUUUGCAUCACAGAAAAAGAAUACAGACUCCUUUUGUGGGAAUAAUAAACAUGCUUGUCUGUACCAGCCUGAAGAGCAAGAAUAGUGCUCGUGAUAACAAGUAGAAUCAAAGGGACUAGCAAACUCCACCUUGGGAUUCCAACAAGGGGAUCAAACAUAGGGAAUAUCUGAGGAUGAAAAUUACAAGCCCACUGAGGAGGAUGUGGUAAUUUUGAACACUUUAAAUGAAUUUACCUUGUAUGGACCGGGGCCAAGCAUAAAAGUGUAUGAAAGAAAAGCAAGAACAUAAUAUAAGAACAUAAGAAAUAGGAGCAGGAGUAGGCCAUCUGGCCCAUCAAGCCUGCUCCACAAUUCAAUAAGUUCAUGACUGAUCUUUUUGUGGCCUCAGCUCCACUUACUUACCUGUUCACCGUAACUCUUAAGUCUUUUACUGUUUAAAAAUCUAUCUAUCUUUGCCUUAAAAACAUUCAAUGACAAAGACAUUGAAGCUGUUGUUGGGUACACUGAUGUGGUCAGUCAUUUCAAAAUUGUGCAUGUAACCACCCCAAAAUGAACUCCAGCACAUGGGGCAACUAAG